CUCCACUGGCAAUUUUGACGUCUUAGUGAACGGUUGUGUCUUGUUUCCGCCGAGUUGUAGAGGGGUUAAAGCACAGCUAAGUGGCAAAUUAGUUGCAUUGAGUCAGAGAACACACUUUCCAAUUCAAUAUUACCCAAUUAUUAAAGUGCAUCAAUUAUAGAAAACUACGAAAAGUAAACGGAAACAACGAAUUUGUGCUCACAGCCGAGGCGGUAAUAAACGCUCUUAACAACAAUACAAAGAAUAAACGCAAACGAAAUAAGAAAAACACGGACGCUGAAGAAAAAUCAUUAGCGAGAAGGUGAACAAGCAAAUUAUUGAUUUUCCGUGACGAAAGUAAAAAAAAAAGUAUAGAACUUAAGAGUGCCAGCUGAGGCGAAAGACGGCGACAUAAAAAAGCAAAAUAAACGCAAAAAAAGAAAAAACAAAAAAAAGUUUGCUAAGUAAUAAAAACAAACAAAAAAUUUAAAAGGUGUUUUUGGAAGGCAUAUGUGGAAACAGUUCUUGUUCUUGUAAUUGUGUCGUAAGCAGUGAAGUAAUUAACAGACAUUUUUGUGAAGGGGCUACCGAAGAACAGCUGCUGAACAAAAAAACAAGGCAAUAAAAGUGUAAGAAAUCCAAGAGUUAAGAGCCACGACUUUGCUCCGGAAGUGCAUUUCAGCAUUCAGGUCACACGCUACGCACACAAGCUCACGUACGCAUACGCCUGCCGAUCGUAGAAAGUUGCAACAGCGCAACCAAGGCGAAAAGGAACAGCAAUUUAGAACAACAAAAACAAAACACAAGAAAAGAACACUACUGCAGCUCAAGCUCAAACUCAAGCUCAAGCGCCAUCGCAACGCCAGGAAUCACAACACGUCAGUUCAGUUACGUCUCACCCCCACACACAUCCACCAACCACUACAACCAACUACCACUCAUAACACAUCCACUAAGCACCAGUGCAUCAACAAUUACUACUACUCCAUCAUAAUUCGAUCGCUGAACGAAGAAGAAGAAACCGCAGGCAUCGUUCGGUUUAUCUUAUUCUCGUAAGUGUUGAAUUGUUGCCUCGAAGAUGCCACAAGCUGAAGGUGGCUAUACAGCGCUGGAUAGCGCCGGCACCAAUGGCCAUGAUGGUAGCGGUGGUGCCAUCUAUCAAUCCACCACAGAACCGACUGGGCCACAUUCGGUUUUUGAAUCGGUUAAACGCGCCAUCGGUCAAGUGGUGGGCAAUGCGAAUGGUAGUGCUCAGGAUACAGAUGAUUUGCUCACAGCGACCAAUGGGCGUCAAGCAAUUAUUGUUGGAUCAAGUAUUUAUUUCAGAGACCGGGACAAAAUCGGUAAGCCACUGAACACGAAGAUGCCAUCUGCGCCGACACACACGGCCGAGGAGGCACGUUUGUUGGGCACCAUGCCCAUCGACCCUAUGGAUGAUAUUGAAUUGCGCUCUGUGCAGUUGCAAUUCCCUAAUGCACGCAACUCUAUAUUGGAGGCAUGCGAUCAACGUCGUGUGCCCACCGAUAAAGGGGAUAUACAUGUGGCCAUACAGGGUGACACCUCAAAGCCAGCGAUUUUGACGUAUCACGAUCUGGGAUUGAAUUAUGCUACCAGCUUCGCUGGCUUCUUCAAUUUCCCACCAAUGCGUGGGUUGCUCGAGAACUUCUGCGUCUAUCAUGUUACAGCGCCUGGGCAAGAGGAGGGCGCACCUACAUUACCAGAAGACUACAUCUUUCCUACAAUGGAUGAGCUGGCCGCUCAGCUGGUUUUCGUGAUGUCACAUUUUGGCCUGAAGUCAGUGAUUGGUUUUGGUGUUGGCGCUGGCGCCAAUAUAUUGGCCCGCUUUGCACACACCAACCCGGAUAAAGUUGGCGCUUUGGUGCUCAUCAAUUGCGUGUCGACACAAUCCGGUUGGAUUGAGUGGGGCUAUCAGAGCUUCAAUGCACGCUUCUUGCGCACCAAAGGCAUGACUCAGAGUGUUAUCGACUACCUGAUGUGGCAUCACUUUGGACGCAAUCCAGAGGAGCGCAAUCACGAUUUGGUGCAGAUGUACAAACAACAUUUCGAACGUGGUGUCAAUCCCACUAAUUUGGCUAUGUUUAUCAAUUCGUACAUCCAUCGCAACGAUUUGAAUAUUGCACGUACGCCACCAGGAACUCCAGGUACCCAGCCAUCGGCGUGCACACUGAAAAUGCCGGUUAUCAAUAUUACUGGCGCAUUGUCGCCACAUGUCGAUGAUACGGUCACCUUCAAUGGGCGCUUGGAUCCAACAAAUUCAUCUUGGAUGAAGAUCUCCGAUUGCGCCAUGGUGCUAGAGGAGCAGCCAGCGAAAUUGGCCGAAGCCUUCAGGCUUUUCCUGCAGGGCGAGGGCUACGCCACGCCCCUCUCCACACCAGCCACCUCACCAUGUGGCACCAAAUAUCAAACCUACUCGUCCAUCUUUUUUGCCAACUUCAAGGAGCAGCUGGAGAAAGAGCGUCGCGAGCAACAGGCUGAUGAGCAACAACAACAGCAAAAACAGCUGCAGCGUCAACGAAAGCAGCAGAAAAAACUGCGUAGCAAUGUGCGCCUCUGCCGCGAGACUGCCAUCAACAACAAUAAUAACUCGAGCGGUGGUGGUUAUUCCUCCAGCAGCGGUGAUGCCUCCGGCGGCGACUCCGAUGGCAAUGGCAACCAAUCGAUUGAACGCGAACGUCACUUGCCCGCCUUCGAAGUGGACAAUGAUUUGGACGAUUUAGAUUUCGAUGCGGAACCGGAGGUGAGUGUGAAUGGUACAUCGUAUACGAGUGCGCAAAAGAUGCGCAUCACUGAGAAUCCACUGCCGGAGACCGUGAGCUGUUAGAUGCUGAGCGUGCACCCAAACGGGAGGUAGAAAGUAGGAGUGUGAGAAAUAUUAUGUAUAACAUAAUUGGCAUAUAAGAUAUCAUGGAGUUUGAAGAAGCGGUCGAUCAUUGAUCAGGUUUUUAUUGAAAGUGAGAGACCUUCUUUCUAGUCAUAAUUGAAAAAUGUUCGAUUGUCAUUGCGCUCAGAAACCUACUGUAGUACCAAAUUGAAUAGAAAUUAAAAUAUAUAUAUACAUAUUUACAUACAUAAAAAGCCAACAUCACGCGCGCAUUAGCCACCAAAAGCUGCUGGAGCUGAGCAAUAAAUUAAAUGUAAUAAAUCAUUAAAGCUAAACGCCACUGCUGCAGCCGAAACCGCCCAAAGAAUGCAAAAUAAGUAGACACAGAUAGAUUAAGAAAAAAUGCAAUGGUUAUGGUUUGACGUUAUUUUAUUACAGGAAAAGCUGCUGAAAUUAUGAAAGUAAUUCGCAGCAAAAUUUUUUCUACACUUUUCGGCAUGAAAAUUUCAAUGCGGUGCAGGCUUAUAAAAACCUUAAAAAACUUUUUUUUAAUUAAAAGAAGUAGCAUUUAAAAUCUAUAAUUUAUAUCGGAAAAUAUUUAGAAAAAAAUAUGUAUGUAUAAGACAGUGGUGAAUAUAAAAAUGUCAACACCUUUAGUGGAUGUUUUUUGGAUCUUCUUGAAUUAAUGUUUUUUGUUUUGUUUUUCUUGUCAGUAGAGACUUUUUCAGUUGAAACUAGUUACUUGAAGGCAACGGUGAAUGAUUUCUAAAGACAUUUUUUUGCCACUAAGCACUUUCGGAAGGUUAAAAGUGGACUAGAAUGUGACGACUACUCGAGUAAGAUUUUAUUGUGCUUAUUGUCCAUUUUUGCUCCUUUUUCUGUUCAUUAAGAGUGCGUUCAAUAUCUUUAAAAUACGAAUGAUGAUGCUGCAGUCGACUUCUAUAAAAAUGAAUUUCCUUUUUUAAAUAGCUAUCACACAUUUCCAAAAUAAUGGAGCGAUUCAGUAUUCUUUUAUCUUUAUAAUUGUUUUAUUCAAAGUUUUCUGUAAAAAUUAAAAAAAAAGGCAUUAGAAAAUAAUAUCUUAAGGCCUCUGAACUAUUUUAAUAAAAUUUGAUAGAUGAAAUUUUCUUGAGAAUUUCUAAAGCGUUUUUAUAUGAACUUGUUGCUUUUCUUGAAAAGUGUGGAUUAAUCCUAAUAAAGGAAUUAAAAAAUAUCGUCGGCAUUGCAUGGUGUGAAAAUAACCUUCAUAUAUUUUUUCAUUCACAUGAGUUUCUGCACCAAAAAAAAUUUGUAAAACAGAAUUGAGAAAUAACGGUAUGAGUAUUAUUUCAACCGCUAAAGUAUGUAGCUAAAAAUGAAUUCGAAAAAAAUUAUAAAAUUUUGUAGUUUUCAAUUCAAAAGUUUGCAAACUAAUGAAUAUAGCUAGCAAUUGUACGCAUAAAGAAGUCAUCAUAUCGUCUGCGAAAAUUUAAUAGAAAUGCAUAUAAUUUUUCACCGAAAAAGGGUAUUGUAGUUGCAUUGCAAUCCCAGUUAAAUAACGUUCGUGGAGCAUUCAAAAAUAACUUUCCAAUAUUUUAUAAAGUUUAGGACUAAGAAAUAAAUUUUGAUUUAAUAACAGCGCUUCAUUGCUGAUCUACAUGGCGUAUACGCAAAGCAAGCAUUUAACACAGAAACACGCGAAGUUGGAGAAUGACUUUGGUAUGCAAAUAUGUAAAGAAUAUGACUAUGUUGAGUUCUAAAAUAACAUAUGCAGGUUUUCUUGGAUUUCACUAAGCUACAAAAUACUUAAUAUACAAAAUAAUUAUUUUGAAAACUACUCCAUUUCGGGUAAAUCAAGAUGAUUUUAUGCGAGUAAUAAAUAUAUGUACAUAUAGGCAUUAGGGUGCAUCACUCUCCACACAAAAGAAAAAAAUAAGUUCAGUACUAUUUUCCCCAUCGAAAGAAUAAAAAUAAAAAUAUUUUGGCGGAAGUCCUAAAAUAUAAUAUUGUAUUGUAGAUCAAUACUUUCGGUGGAAAACGAAAUUUUUUUAGUGAGGCACCCUAAAAUACAUACACAUGCCCCACAAAGUCUGCAUUCACCCUACAAUAACUUUUUAGUGAAAGAAACACACAACCCGAUUUUAUCAUUUUUAUAAAUUUGUGUAUAUUUAUAUGUUUAUUAUAUGUUUAAGUUUCAAAAACAAAAAUAAAUUUCAAGAUUCCUCACAUAAGUUUUUAGAUAACGGUGAAUAAUGGCUGUAACAAGUAAAUAAAGCGACCAUAAAGUCUGCGUUCAGUCUUAAAGUCUAAUACAAAAAGAUGAUAUGCUAUAUGCAAAAAUUAAAUCUAAUAUUUUGUUGGAUAUCUACGUUGCUUCAGGACUUCACUCAGCCUAUUUGGCAUUGAACUUACUAUUUUCUCUGUUUCCUCUGUUGUUAUCUUCCUCCAUUCUGCCUGCAUGACAUUCCGUCUUGCUGACGAAUUCUUUUUUCCAAUAGAUCCCACAGAUGCUCGAUGGGGUUAAGAUCUGGGGACUAUGGCGGUGUCUUAAGCUGUUUUGGGGCGUUGUACAAAUGCCAAAGCUUAACGAUCUCGGCUGUGUGCUUCGGGUCGUUAUCUUGUUGAAACCAAAAUGUUCUUGAUAAGCCGCCCUUGGCUUUAAAUUCCCUUUUAGUAUGUUCAAGUGUCCCCAUUUAUCCAUCGUCGAAUCAAUAAAUUCUAGUUGACCUACCCCAUUUGCCGCCAUGUAGCCCCAAACCAUAACCCCGCCACCUCCGUGCUUAACCGUGCCAACAAGAUUUUGCUUUUCAAGAGCAGUUCCAGGUUUUCGCCAAACAAUUUGAUGGCCUUUUAUUCAGAAUAUACAAAAUUUACUUUCGUCUGAAAAUUUUACUUUUUUCCAGAACUCGGGCGGCUUAUUUAUGUACUCAUUAGCAAACUGAAUGCGUUUACGUCUGUUCACAAGAGAAAUGAAAGGCUUUCUUCGGGCUACUAUACGAUGGUGUCUAGCUUGACGUAGAACUUUUCUGGCAGUUUCGGCGCAAAUACUUUUUUUAAAUGUUUGAUUUAUGUUUUCACAUAAUUUUGAGGAUGUAAUCCGCGGGUUAACUUUUGCCAAGUUGAUUACAGAACGCUCUUCUCGGGUCGAUAAUUUUUUCGGACGCCCUGACCUGGGCUUAGAUGUAAAAAUUCCAGUUUGCCGAAAAUUUGUUACAACUCGCUGAAUAGAGGAAUACGUUCUCCCAAUAGAUUUUCGAAUAUUUCGGAAACUUUUUUCGUCUUUCCACAUUUUUAUAAUUAUUUUCCUCUCAGAAACGCUUAUUUCUUUUCCCUUUCCUUCCAUGUUCUUUAAUUAUCUCCAGUUAUAAAUAAAAUGUUCAACUAAGCUUUGUUAACAUUCAGUCGAAGUAAUGCGCAAUCAAAAAUUAAUAUAAACAAGGAAAAAUAUCUUAAAAUUAAACGGUAUCAUUAAAAUAAACCGACUGAACGCAGACUGUUUGGUGCCACAUUUACAUGCUGCUGAAAUUAUUUUCCCGUUAUCUAAAAGGUGAUGUUUUUUUUUGCCCUUAAAAGCUGGGAAUGUAGUGAAUAAACAAAUUGUAAAGAUUUCAAUUUAAUCAUAAUAUUUUAUUUUGUUUUUAAUCAAUUUAGGAAGGCUAUUCGAGUGAACGCAGACUUUGUGGGGCAUGUGUAUAUUUGCUUUACAAAUUUCAUAAUUGCUGAAACUUUUCAAGCAAAAAGAUUUACUUGUGCACUCUAGAGCUCUGGUAGUGUGAAGCACAUCUCGAUUCAAAACCGAAUAUCAUGAAGUGCAAAAAAUUUGAAAAAUUAUUAGUACCCAAAAUAGGAAAACUUGAUUUAAAUAUUAUAUAUACGUAUGUAUGUGUGUACUGAAACAUUCUGCGACUAAAUACAUUUGUCAUUAAUAAGAGUAAAAUUACAAAGUCAAACAAUAUACCCACGAUUAGUUUUGCUUUAUUUAGAGUUUCACUUUGUGCCUGAAAUGUUUUGAUGAUUAAUUGUAUUGUAAUAAAAAAUAAAUAAAUAAUUUAACUUAAAUUUAAAAAUAAAUGGAAAAAGCAAAACCAGGAAAGCCGAACAAAAUGCAGGGAUUGAUUAAAAUCAAUAAUAACUGUUACAGUUAUUUGGGUUAGGUAUAUGUAUGUCAGUAGCUUACACAAGGACGGUGAGAUUAUGAAUGAAAUGGCAGGAAAAAAAUUAAGUAAAAUAAAAUAAAGUAUUUAAAACGAGCUUUCUUGUUGCAAGCGAUUUUUGCUUAUUAUUGAAUUUAGCUAAGCGAUUGAUUAUUUAAGCCAAACACAAAGAAUUGCAAUUGUGAACUCACAAACACAAAAGCACAGGUAUAUUGAAUCGUAUAUGAAGAGAAGAAGAUUUAAUGAAUACUUAAAAUACAAAAGUAAAUCUCUAAUUUUGAAAAUAAAGUAGUUAAAUAUCUAGAACUUGGCGAAAGCUUGAAAAAUAAAGCUUCACAAAAGGCAGUAGGCGGCGAAAAUUACUAAAUAAUAAAAAAAAAUUAUAAUAAUACCAACAUAAAUAGUAAUAUAAUAAAAAAUAAUAAAUAGUAAAACAAAAAAAAUAUUUGAGUAAAAUAAACACAACCAAGUUUUCGAAGUAGCAGAAAACUUUAUUCAAAAUCAAAACUAUACAAAUUAUCCUAUUGAAAUAAUUUUAAUUACUUUAUGUGCUAGUAAAACAAAUUGAGUCAAGUCUUAGAAAUGAUGUGAACUAGUUCUGAACUACCCUAAUGUUUAUAAAAUUUUCGCGCCAGCUACAAGGUAGCGCAUAGUAUUUUGGUUUAGAAAGGAAAUCAUCCUUGCAUAUCAAAACAAAGACAAAAAAAAAAUUAAAUAAGAAUUAAAAAUGAAGAAAAUUAAUAAGUCCACUGUCUGAAGAACUGAAAGCGGCUAAAAGCUUUCGGAACGUGAGUAAAUUCUUUUGGGUAACGCGAAGUAGACUCAUGCACUUUGAUUGGAUACGAUUUAGAACUAAUCGUAGGAGUACGUGCGUCUAGCGCUUUGGGGCUGUGAGCCCUUGAGUGUGCAGAGAGUAAGAGAUCUAGCGAAACGCAAUCACAUUCAGCCGAUUAGUUAGAGAGGUCGCGAUAGCAACACGAAUAUAUUCCGGUGGACCGCAUAACACAUCAAGAGGGAGAGGAAGAAGAGGCAGAGAAGAAUAAAGUAAAGAAGAAAAAGGGAGAGAAGAAGAAGAGAAAGAAGAAAAAGGGAGAGAAGAAGAAGAAGGGAGAGAAAAAGAAGAGAAAGAAGAAGAAGAAAAUAAAUACCUUAGGAAAAAGGCUAAGAGAGAUGUUAAACAACCCUAUGGAGCGGGGCAACGCUAGACAAAGUGCUCACAGGCGAUGUAACCGAAAAAGGUCUAAACAAUUUUAAACCUUUAAACGAAUAAGCGCAAUGUAAGCUGAUCGGUUACUGCAACUGCGAAGUCGUGGCCUUAUGAAGCUAUUACCAUUGGACACCAGAAAUAUCAAUGAAAGCAAACACUUUCCAAUUACCUCCCUUAGUUUGAAAGCUUGCUUUGAGCGGAUUUUUGUGUAAAUUUUGAUGACCUAAAACAAAAAUCUGAGAAGGAUAUACAGCAAUUAAAAUUAUUUUUUCAACGAUACUCGUACAUCAUACCUUGGAAUCGAGUAAUAAAUAAAAGAGUUAUAAAGAAAUUUCGGUUCGGCAGUUUUUGAAACUCUCCAAGGACUAAAAUCCUCUCAAAGUAAGCUUUCAAACUAGGGGAGAUAAUUUCAAACUUAUAUUUGCGACUCAGUUUGGUGCACCUGCUUCUCGAGUGCUGUGUGAUUGCGAAAAGAGAGAAACAUCUAUGAUAAAAGAGAAGACAUGUACGCUCAGUAUUGCCGAAAUCCGUUCCUAUGCACGUUCCGAUCACUUUUUAGUGCCGCACAGUGGUUUUACUUAUCUUACAUAACAACAAAUUUAUUUAAAUAAUAGAAAAAAGAACUAAAAGAAUUAAUAAAUAAAAGAAUAAAAAUAUUGUUGACCCUUGAAUGUUGGAACUAUUUUAUCUAACAAAACUAAAAAACAGAAAACGCAAAACGUAUCAAAACUAUAAAACAUAACAUAAAUGUGUUUCCAAACGAAAAACAAAAAACUCUUUAGCAAAUAAAAACCAAGAAAUUGAAAGGAAAAAUAUAUGAAACUUGUAAUGGUUGAAUGACUUUAUUAGCAAUGCAAUCAAAUGGCAAGGCACCUGCUUAAUGUUGAUAUCAUUAUGAGAAAAAAAUAAUAAACAAUAAUAACAAAAUUA